AUGUCUUCUGCGCACGCGUCACUGUUGGGUAGCGGUGCGCCGUCACUGCAGCACAUCGCCGCUUCCGCUGGGAUGGCAAGCCCCCCGUACAGCCACAACCACAUCAGUGGUAGCAGCGUCCAUGGCGAGCAUACCUCGCUGUUGUAUCCGCCUCUUACUCCUGAGCGAGAGGAGGCGCUGCGAUCGAAGGGCCGUCAGCUACUGGACGAGCACCGCCGUCAGGUGGCAGCGAACGGUUUGCCCUACACCGCAGAGGAGGUGGCCGCCCUGCAGGAGCGAGGCAGAGAGCUGCUGCGCUCCGCACGAGAGGCUGCUGCUGCGAACGGCGGGCAUCAUGUACCGGCGCCGAUGCUGAGCGCUGCGGUUCGAAUAGCUGCAGAGACGCCGCACCAUUCCUCAAUGCAUAGUGACACCCCCGAUGUGAGCACCGACGUUGACAAGAGUGGUGCAGCGCAAUCUUCUUCAGCACCGGCGCAGCUCCCACACACAAGCGCAGCUAUGCCUUAUUCACCGACUGCAAAGCCGGGAGCCACUGUGGAGGGAGAGACGCCGCCAGCAUUUAACAGCUCGGCCUCCAUAGGUGCGACAGCAAUACCGUCGUCGUCUUCGUCCUCGCAGCUGCAGGACCUCCUCGCAGAGGUUCAGCGUCUUCAGUGUGUGGUUGAGGAGCAGCAAGCGCAGCUUCACGCACUGAGAUCGUCUUCUCGCGUCACAGGAGAGGAGUCGUUCACCAAGAGCGAGGUGGAUGCUUUAAGACAGACGUUGAUUCAGCAGUUCAACGAGCACAUGGCCCAGUGCGAGCAGGCGAAUCAGGUGUACUGGACGCAGGUCACCAGCCAGCACCGAAGCGAGGUCUCCGCUUUGGAGCAGGAGUGCGCCGCGUACAAGCACAGUGCCGCAAAGGCCGAGACUGCCGCACAGGCUCAGCAGCUGCAGCGGGAUGUGGAAGAGAAGGCGAGCGUCAGUGCCGCUACUGCCCUCCAACUUGAUGUGAACCGCCUCGAGGCGGAGCUGCGACUUGCUCGCCAGCAAAGUGCCGAGGCCGAGGCGGCCAGAGACGCUGCAGAAGCUGAGGCUGCUUUCCUCAGGGAAACUGUGCAAGAGCAGCGCGGCAGGUUGACUGAACUGGAGCAGCAGGUUUCUUUCGCAACCGUUCAGCUACAGGGUGCACGAGAGGACGCUCAACGUGCCGUCCACACCGCCGAGGCCGAGUUGAAUGCAAGUCGCCUCCAGAUUGCCCACCUUCAGACGGAGCUGGAAGCGGCCAAUGCCGAGCUGCAGGCUACCCGCGAGAGUGCUGCUGCUGCGCGGCACACACACGGCGACGGGAACCCGUUCGCCGACGCCGAGGACCCGUUCGGUGGCCCGUCGCGCGCCGCUGCGCCGUGUGCGGACGACGGGGCGCUGGAUGCUGCCCGCCAGAGGAUCGCGGAGCUGGAGGCUGAGCUGGAUGCGGCCAAUGCCGAGCUGCAGGCUACCCGCGAGAGUGCUGCUGCUGCGCGGCACACACACGGCGAUGGGAACCCGUUCGCCGACGCCGAGGACCCGUUCGGUGGCCCGUCGCGCGCCGCUGCGCCGUGUGCGGACGACGGGGCGCUGGAUGCUGCCCGCCAGAGGAUCGCGGAGCUGGAGGCUGAGCUGGAUGCGGCCAAUGCCGAGCUGCAGGCUACCCGCGAGAGUGCUGCUGCUGCGCGGCACACACACGGCGAUGGGAACCCGUUCGCCGACGCCGAGGACCCGUUCGGUGGCCCGUCGCGCGCCGCUGCGCCGUGUGCGGACGACGGGGCGCUGGAUGCUGCCCGCCAGAGGAUCGCGGAGCUGGAGGCUGAGCUGGAUGCGGCCAAUGCCGAGCUGCAGGCUACCCGCGAGAGUGCUGCUGCUGCGCGGCACACACACGGCGACGGGAACCCGUUCGCCGACGCCGAGGACCCGUUCGGUGGCCCGUCGCGCGCCGCUGCGCCGUGUGCGGACGACGGGGCGCUGGAUGCUGCCCGCCAGAGGAUCGCGGAGCUGGAGGCUGAGCUGGAUGCGGCCAAUGCCGAGCUGCAGGCUACCCGCGAGAGUGCUGCUGCUGCGCGGCACACACACGGCGACGGGAACCCGUUCGCCGACGCCGAGGACCCGUUCGGUGGCCCGUCGCGCGCCGCUGCGCCGUGUGCGGACGACGGGGCGCUGGAUGCUGCCCGCCAGAGGAUCGCGGAGCUGGAGGCUGAGCUGGAUGCGGCCAAUGCUGAGCUGCAGGCUACCCGCGAGAGUGCCGCGACAGCUCAACAAGCGAGUGAUAUGGAACUGGAAGCGGCGCGGCAAUCUGUGGCGGACCUCGAGGACGCACUUGGGGAGGCCGCGGGAGACCUGGAGCGACUGCAGGAGGACGUCGAGGAGAAGUCGCGUCUCAUUCAAGCCCUGCGCGCUGGGGAGGCUGCAUUGGGCUCCUUACGGGUGGAUGCAACCUGCAUCGGGAGCGGCGGCGGAUGGGCCAUUAUGGAACCGUCGGAGGGUGUGCACGGGGGAGCAAAGGACGCUGUGGGGGGUAAUUCGGCGAAGACGGUGCACCUCCUGCGCGGGCGCGUGGCUGAUCUGACGCAUGAGCUGGAAAGGAUGCGUCGCCAGCAAGAGCGGGCGUUGGUGUCAGCCAUGGUGCCGAGAAUGGAAGCGCGGGGCGGGCAAUACGCCGAGGGCGAACAGCGGCUGGCCCUUUCGGAGGAGGUGAGGUCCGCGGUGGAGGACGAAGUAGCGCAACGGCGCGGCCAGGCUCGAGGUGUGCCGGGCGAAUGGAAGUCGGAGAAAGACCGGAGAGGGGCAGAGAGCGGCGAGCAGACGACGCGUCCGCGUGACGGUACCACUUGCAUGACGGCUAUUGCGACCGCCUCAGCCAGUCUCGUGAAUCCGUUCUACUCUUCCGACGGGGACGAGGCGGCGGAGAGGAUGAUAUUCUCGGCCGUACCACGGCCUCCCGCGGGCACACCCAUAAAGGCGCUGCGUUUGCCGGGGAACCGCAAAGACAGCGAUGUCUUCGCCGCCGCGGAGAGUGAGAGACGGGUCGCCCUGCGUGGCAUGCAACCACCAGCGGUAGCCGCUGAGAUGUCGGCAGCGGCGGAGAUAGGGAUGUGGGAGGAAGACGAUGGCGAGGACUGCCGCAACACCCCGGACACACUGGCGUCCUUCCACAUGAACCGUGAUGGCCCGGCUGCUCGGGGCGACGAUGCGUUCCGAGGAGGCGACAGCUGCAAAGACGGAGGCGCCGAGGCGGAGAAUAUGGGUUGCCGGCGGGCUGCAUCGUCUCGCACUCUGCUGCCCGCCAUCGCCGAGGGCCCCGAAACCCUUCGAGCCUUUUCAGCUGUAAGUGAAGAGAAUGCCGACUUCAACGACCUAUGCCGUUGCUCGCGCGACGUUAAUGCCGACAGUGAUGAGGAUGACAACACGGAGGAGUACGACGUUUCUGUCAGCACGCGCGUGGCAGCCUCGUAUGGGCGGCAAGCGACCCACAGUGCUGCCAUGGAAGGCAAGGUGGAUGACAGUGGCGCCGCGAUGCAGAAGUUGGGCCGGCAGUACGCUGACGCGCAGCACCGCCUCUAUCUCUCGGAGGAGGCGCGGCAGAGCCUCGAGGUGGAGGUGUCGGAGCUGCGGAGGAUGGUGGAGGAGCUGCAGGCAGUGUUGGCUCGCCAGCCCCGGCAGACGUCGGCUGCGGCACGCACAGACGGCGAAGUUGGCGACGAAGCAGACGCGCGCACCAUAACGACCUCCUUCGCCUCCUCGGUGCCCACGGCAGCGCGAGAGCGGUUCACCAAGGAAGAGGGUUGCGAGGCGAACGCGUCUUCGCCGACUCCACCACGCUCGGGUGACGAUGAUGCGGAGAGCGGCAGCUUCGGCUCUGCUCACUUCAGCGAGCACGGCGUGUCGGUGACGACAACAGCAGCGCCAGCUCACGACGAUGGUCCCACUAGCUGCCAGUACCCCUUAGCAACUGCUGCGUCGGAGAACACCGCUGCCCUCUACGAGCGCAUCGCGGAGCUGGAGGAGCGGCUGAAAGACAUCGAGGCUCAACAUGAGGAGGAGCUGGAGUCUCUCGCUGAGGCCGCGGCCGACCGCAUCGCUGCAAUGGAACAGCGGUAUGCAGACGACUUGGCGGCGACUCAGAAAGCUGCAGCAGCGGCGGAGGUGGAGCGUCAGGGUGAGGAUGAUACCACCGUGUCGCUGAUGGCGCGAGUGACGCAGCUGACAGAAGCGCUGGCAGAUGCCCAAGCUGCUCAUGCGGCGGAGCUGCAGAGGUUGCAAGACGAGCACGAGGACCUGCUGCGGCAGCGUCUCAGUGAGCAGGAGGACUCCUUUGGAGCUGUCGUCCGGCAACUAGAUCAGCGGUAUCAGGGUCAUCUGUGCGCUCUCGCCGCUUCUGGGGAGACAGGCGGUGUUGAAGCGGCGGGGUCGUCGCAGUCGCCGCAGGAGAGCGCGCAGUACUGGAAGGGUCAGCACACCACGCUUCUCAAGCGCUUUGAGCAACUGCAGAGCGAGUACGACGCGUUCGCGCAGGACAUCGCCGCGCUGCAGCGCCGCCUCUCCGAACAGGAAGCAACGCGACAGGAGCAGGAGCAGAGCAGGAUGAUGCGUGACGCCACCUCGCAGCAAUUCACCACGCUCCACCAGCGUCUCGAAGAGAUGAGCAAAGUUGUUGAUGCGGCGCAGGCCGACGCGCAGGCUUCCUCCGAAAAACUCCAGUACCUCACGGCACGUCACACUGAGAACGAAGCCGCGCUACAGGCUGAGGUGGACGGCUUGCGUUCCCAACUGCAGUCUGCACGUGAUGAGGUGGCGCGCGCCAACAACCUCAACGAAGAGCUAUCGGAGCUGCUACAGCGGGGGGCCACCAGCGUCGACACGGCGCUGCGAGAGCGAGACGCGCAGAACGCGGCGCUAGAGCAGCAAGUGCAGCAGCUGAAACUGCAGCUCGCCGCGGCAGGCGACCGGUUGACGGACCUGCAGGCGGCGCUUCAGGAGAAGCAGGUCAGCGCGGAUGCGUUGCAGCAGCGUCUAGUUGAACUGGAGGAGGAGAAACGUGCUGCAGAGGCUCAGCUACGGGAGAGCCGACGCCAUGCCGAGGAGCACGAGCGGACGACUAUGAAUGCGGCGGACAGAGCUGCCCGCGACGCUGAGCAAGCGCGCGUCGCUGCGCAGCAGGCCAUGGCUCAGCAGCACGCAACUCACAGGCAGGAGAUCGCUGCCCUGCACCGCGAGCUGGACGAACUACGUAACGAGCUUGAGGUGGCACAGACUGUGGCGGCAACGGUGCCAUUGGAGGCACAGCGACACCAGCGCGACCUCGGUACAGUGCGCGACCGCUUGGCCGAGGCGCUGCGUAGUCAACAGGAGCUCCAGCAGCAGCUGAAGACAAGUCGCGCAGAGUUGGAGCGUCAGCGACUGCUCCUCAUGCAUGGCGGCAGCGGCAACGGCUCCGAUGCAGACGAUGCCGCUGCGUUCGAGGGCGGCGGUGUCCCCGCAGACGCGCGCCUGAACGCUCUCCUCCACCGAAGCGAGGAGCUGGAGGAGAAGCUGCGCGAGGCCUCGGCAGAGCGGAAUGGGCUGCAGCAGGAGCGGGACCGCCUCUCGAUGCAGGUGAAAAGUGCUGCGCGCGUGGCAGAGGUGAAGGAACAGGCGACGCGGCGGCAGGAGGCGGAGCUGCGAAGAGUGCGUUCGCAACUCGCCGCCGUCCGAGACGAUCUUGCCCAGCGUGUGCAGUCGAAUCACGCACUGCAGCUGGAGAUAGACCACUUGCAGGAGCGCCUCGCGGACGUGACGAGCGCUUAUGAGGAACUGCAGGGCCGUCACGCGGCCACCGUGUUGCAGACCGGCAUGCAGGAACACGCCGAGGCGCUGCUGAUGGCCAAGGCUGUGACGAUCCCGCGCGCGCUCGAGGAAUACGUGGAGGGGGUGUUCUCCGCGUACCACGCGAUGCUGCAAGCUGCCAGCAAGGACCGUCGACACAUCUACGACCGCUGCGACCUCAUCGAGAAGGCCGCCAGCGAGGCCAUGGCAGAGGUGGAAGCCCAGAACCACGCCUACGAAGCCGCCAUCGCCGACGCGCAGGAGGAGCAACAGCAGAUGAAGGAAAUCAUCGAAAGCCUUCAGCAGACCACGCAUAAGGCAUUGGAGGCAAAGAACGCCGCCGUGGCAGAUGCCGCUGCGGCCCACGACGAGCUGGAGGCAACUCAGCGUCGAGCGCGCGAAGACGUCUUCAACGCGCAGCGCGACCUUCAGAUGGCCGAGCUGCAGCACGCCGACACGCUGCACUCACUGUCUCUUCUCCAAGACGAGGUGACGAACACGGCUGCACUCAUCAAGAGCCAGAAGAGCAAGUACGAGCGGCGGGAGGCGGAGCUGAUGGAGGAAGUGGCACUGCUGCAGGCGGAGCUGGAGACGCGCAAGUCGGCGGCGCGGCAGCUGCAGCAAGCCAACGAUGAGAAGCGCACGGAGCUACAGGAUAUUGCCGAUGCGGCGGUGCAGGUGCGAGAUCAGGCGGUGCACGAGUCGCAGGCGCUGCAAGCACAACUGGCGCGUGUGCUGCCGCGACUAGCGCAGCUCGAGGACGAGCAGGCGCAGCGCACAGCCGACCUCAUGGACACGGCACAGCAGCUGUCUGCGCUGCACAAGAAGACGACUUCCACGGAGAACGUGUCGCGCAAGCACAUCGAGGAGCUCGACCAAACCCUUCAAGAGCUCCUCCAGGCCCACGCGAUGCUGCAGCGCACCCACACCACUACCGAGGCCACGGCAGAUCGACUCAGGCUGCAGCUCGCAAGCGUGACGCAGGAGCUGGAGCGCGCGACCGCAAAGACCAGUCAACAGGAGGAGGAGCUGACAACUGUGAAGGCGCGCCUGCACGAGGUGGAGACCCAUACGAGCCGCGUGAUGGCCGAGGACCAGGCGCGGUUGCGAGACGGCGAGCGUCGCCUGCAGGGAUUGGAGCAGCGAAACGCGGCGCUGCAGCAGGAGUGCAAGACACUCCAAGAGUCCAUGCAGUCCCUCCGCAUCGAGCACGACGGCACCGUCGAUGCGCUGCAGCACAAGUCGGAGGCGUUUGCGGCGCAGGAGCAGCAGCUGAACCACCAGCUCCGGCUUUCGCGCGAACGCAUCGAGACGCUGGAGUUGGAGCGGCAGGAGCUGAUGUCAUCGGAGCAGGCCAUCACGGCUUCCCGUGACGCGUGCCAGAGGGAGAUGCUUGCCCUCGAGCAUCAGGUGGAGCAUCUGCAGCACCAUCUGGGGGCCUCCAAUGGACACAACGAGCGACUGAACCAGGAGAUAGUGCAGCUCAAGACAGACCACGCGGUAGAGGUAGACCGGCUACGUGAGGCGAUCACGGACGCGCAGAAGGAGCUUGCCAAGUGUCGCCAGCUCCUCGCCCAGGCAGAGGCGCACCAGGUGGAGCAGGAGAGCACCCACUACAGCCUCUCUACAGAGGUGAGCGCCGUCCGCGAGGAGCUUAAAGCCGCACGUGCGCAGGCGGAGAGGGCCGCGCAACAGUACCGAAAGCUGAAGGCGGAGCAGGAGGAGAUGGUGACGCUGUUGCAGUCGAAGGUGGCGCAGCUGCACGAAGAGCUCCGUGGCAAACACGAGCAGCUGCGGAUACUAGAAAACACGUCUGCCCAUCAACAGGACACUCUCAACAGGCUUAGGCAGGACGUGGCGGAGGCGGAGGAGAGCCUCAAGCACACACGCCAGCAGCUGCUCAAUCAGCAAGAGGCCGCUGCUGCGGCAAAGGAACAUCACCGCCGCGACCGGUACGAGCUGCAGACGAAGCUGAACGACGCUGAAGACGCCAUGGCGGAGAUGACGCGCAGUCAGGAGCAGUACCGUCAGCGCAUGACGAGCAAGGUGGAGCUGUACGAGGUGGCGGAGGAUGCGCUGCGGAACGAAGUGACUGACUUGCGCGCCGACGUCGCUCGGCUGGAGGAGGCGCUGGCCGCGACGACGCACAGCAAGGCGGCCGCAGAGACGCACCAGUCGCGCCAGGCCCAGUCCAUCAAGGCCGCCGAGUCUGAGCUGCAGUUACUCCGCGCACAAACGGCGCACGACAUGACGGAGAUUUCAACUCUCAAGUUGCAGCUGCAGCAGCGCGCCGCCGAGUUGGAGCGGUGCCGGCGCGAGGCUGCGGCUCAGCUGGCGGGCGAGAGGCUUCGCUGGGAGGCAGAACACACGGCAGCCUGCGACGCGUUGGAGGAGGCGCUGCGGCAAGAGCAGCAGGCCAUCAAGGACGCGCGUGAGGCUCGAGAGCGCGCCUUGGCAUCACUAGAGUGCAAGCAGAGAGAUGCCGUGGCGCUGGAGGACGAAUGCCGUGCGAUGCGCGCACAGGUGCGUCACCUGCGACGUUGCCUCGACGCGGCGCAGUACCAACUCACUUCGCUGGAGGGGAUGGCCAAGGACACAGCUGAAUACUUGGGCAUGACCCCAGAGGACCUGCCCGGCGACGAAGAGGGUGCCUUCGUGGACGCGGCUUCGCACCCGCACGAUGCGUCUGUUGAUUCUACCGAGAGUGGCGUAGCGGCCGCUGCCGCCGCCGCCGCGGCUUCUGGUGCCGCGGUGCAGUCUGUCAUGGACGAGCUGCAACGUCGGCUCAGCAUCUUCACGUUUGCGGCUAACACCUUUGAAUCGGAGGAUGAUCAACUAGCGGAGCUGCGAAAGGCGUUGGAGCAGCAGGAGGACGUGAUGCAGCUCUUGGCGGAGGCGUGCGCAGGAGAGAGCAUGAACGCGGCCAACAGUGCCACCCCUCUGCGUACUGGCAGGGCGGGAGCCAGUGACGCCACGCCUGGCUUGAACAGUACGCCCACCCCGCGCGGCCUGAGGGUGGCCGUCUCGUGUGGUGCCGACGUUCGCGGAGCGAGCGCUUCAGGUGUGCCGCCUCCUGCCGUGCUCACCCACGCACGGCGAGUGUUCGUGCAACAAAUUAGUCAAGCCAGUUCCACAUAUGUGCACCGCGUCGGGGACCAUCUACGCACGGCGCAGCAGAUGCUACGGUCCGUGAUGAUGGCUAUCGGAUCGCACGAGAUCGCGUCACCGCCGGCCAGUCGCCCCACCACGGCGGCCUUGUCGUCGCGGUAUAAGCUACAAGUGGCGGCAACGGCGGCGGAGCUGCAUCGCCGAACCGCAACACUCACCCGUGCGGCUGAGCGGAUGCUAGACUUCGUCGUGCAGGGUGGCGAUGGCCCAGCUGCAGCAGAGCGCUCGUCGACGCAGUCAUCUAGUGGAAGCCUCAUCCAAGAACAGCUGCAGGAGCUGCGCCGCCUCUUCUCCGAGGCGGAGCGGUAUGUCUUGCUGCCCUUUAACGAGCUUCUCUGCGUCCCUGAUUCGGUGGGAGUGGUGACCGCCGCAGCCGCGACGGCGGGCGAUGAGAACGACGUGGACGGGCAGCCGCCACAUAAAUGUUACUCGUACACAGAACAGCCACAUCUGGCGAAGCUGUCAGGCCUCGGAGCCGCAUCUGCUGCAUCAGCUGCUCCACAGCGGCCAUCGUCAUCGACGACUAACACCUCUGGUGCGACCUGCGUGCAGGAAAUUACCGCUGCCAUACUUUCGCCGAUCGCGCGGGACGAGGGCGCGCGUCAGUGGUUCUGA